UCCACUUUGGAUCUCAUCUCAUACGCCCACGAUGACCCUCUCUCUCUGUCUCUGUCUCUGUCGACCUCCUCUCUCUACAACACGCCCACACUCUCUUGGCUCCUCUGGCCAAUGCCUCAUCUCGGACCUCAAACGCAGCAGCAGGACGAGCCACUGUUACAGGUUAAGCACCCUUCGGCUCCAACCGGAGUCUGUGGUUCGGUGCUGCAAGACGGAGGCAACUCAAAUUUUGGGUUCCCUCUUCUCGAUCUGUAACCAGGUGUCUGGUCGUCCGUCCGUCCUUGGAGGCGGUCCGGUCCCCUCUUUCUCCGCCACAGAUUCCAAGCUGCUGGCUCAAUAACCGUCAACCUGGAUAUGCGUCGUCCGUUUUCACUAAAUCCUGAUCCCAUUUCCGACGAACAAUUCUACUAGCGUUGAUUCAUGCAUACAUACUGCACUGUAUGUAUAGCCAGUCAGUCAGUUGUUAUUCAGCCUUCCAGCCAGUGGCCGCUCCCACUUCCACCUCCGCAGAGCAACAGAUAGCGGUCCUUUUUAGAGGGAUCUGCCAUCCCUUGCCUUGACGCCCCAAACUCGACGCCAUCAACUGGUUUAGACUCCUCGGCUUCUGUCCCCCCUGUCCCCGUCCCCGUCCGCCGCCGCAGACUGGUUAAACGUCCUGGAACUUGCAGAGGAGAGGGUGCCUCUAAGGUAGUGCGUGCCAAAAUGUCCCUCCCCUCCUAAUGUGCUCUAACCUGGGCUAGCUGGCCUGGUUAAUAAUGCUUUAGGAAUAAAGACAAACCAAAAAACAUCCAAUGACUCCAGGGAAAAAGUGCUGUAACAUGGGGUAGAGUGGCGAGAUGGUCCCUACACAAUUACACCGAACGGCAAGUUGCCAAAGUCAAGUCGCGUUGCAGCGAAAUACAGUAAUGGGACCAGAGCGUUAGUGAACUCCAAGGGCACUAAGAGACUGGAUAGUGGCCGGCACUACACCACCUCGGAUCAUUAUUCGAGUUGGUACAUUCAUAGAACAUACCAUGCAAUGCCAUUUUUAUACGGUGCAAUAAACGAGACUAUGUCUCGAGGACGGUACAGAGGCGCUAUUUGCACUUCUAAGCCCACAUUGGAAACUACUGUACGCCGCCAUCGACACAAACCAAGGUAGCCUAGAGAGGUAUCGACGGAUGGAUGCUACUGUACUCAUGUUGGAAAAGGUCUACCUCGUCUCAGUUCUGGUGUUAGUGCCAGCCCUUUUCUCCAUAUCUUGCCUUGCCUUGCUUUACUUUUCUUUGCUCUUCACCCCUGACCCUGGGUACGUCUGUCUUCAUCUCCCUCUUUUAUCAGUCUCCCUCUGUUUCCUUUCGUCACGCUCAUCCACCCUCCACCUGCCGUCCUCUCUCGAUCCCUCAUCUGUGCCCCCAAGUUCACUCGCUGCCGGAUGGGACCCACUGAAGCCCGCUGUUGCAGUGCAGGGAUCCCUUGACUUCUCUGAUCUCCUGCGUGGUUCCUUGAUAGCCCUGGCGUAUGUAUACCAUGCUCGCUGCACGCCUACAACUGGAGUCAGAUUUGCGACGGCCCAUCCUUUGAGCUUGCGUUAUUCAGUCUGGUAUUUAGCAUCUGCAUGGCCCUGGCUAUUUUGCACUACACUGCACUACAUCACACUAUCCUCUUCGUCUCCCAAGCACUCCUGAUCUCCACUGCCCUUACCCAGCGGGACCGGACAUAGGCCCAUAGCCCAGUGACGACCGUUGUUGAUAUCUGUCGCCGAACCCCCAGUAUUGUCUGGCUUGAAUGGACCUGUAUCAACUGUCUACCUGACUCGAUUCACAUCAACUAGACGUCAAAUAGCUUGUUUUCACGACUCAACACUCUCAGGCGAACCUCGGAGUCCAGUCAUAUUAUCGACUCUUGCUCGCUCCGAGUCCAAUCAACUAUAAGCUUCAAUAUUCCCCUGGCUCGUCUACUUGGUCUCUGGUAUUAUCCCUCAAAAACCACCACCACAGCCAUAAACCUCUCCCCCAGCCCCAGCCAAAUCUCUUCCCGAUCCACUAGGCAAUACUUGGACCGCCUGCAUUAACACGGCACGCCCUGUUAAGACUUAAGCACUCAGCUCCCACACAACCUGGCUUCUGGAUCCUCAGCUUCACCCGUCUUUUUAUAUCCCACCUUCAGCCACUCUAUACCUUCACCUUCUUAUAUACCCACAAUCGCACAACUUCUUCACCUCUUCAACAGUGUAUACACUCUUCGCUUGUCAGAUCAGAACUUAUACGUCACCUUAUAAUCGCUGAUUUAUUUACGAUUGGAUCUCACCGCCGCAUCUUAUACCCUAAUCCAAGGCAUUUGGUAAACGUCUACCUGUCGUUCCUCCAAGUUUAGACAACAUCUUUUGCAUCAGAUCUUCUACUCUGCCCCAGCGAGCGUCUGAAAUUAUUAUGCUGUGACAAGUCAGCAUCUUGCCAACAACUAUUUCCGCCUCAUCUCUGCAUCCUACACAAGCAUUGCCUCAAGAGGCUCGUCCAAGUUUUACAAAAUCAUGGAACUUAUGGAACUAGUCGAGAACGAGCCCACUGCUCGUCCCUUCCAGUGUGACUGGCAAUCGUGCACAAAGAGCUUUAAUCGAAAGUCCGAUCUACAGAGGCAUUAUCGUAUACAUACUAAUGAAAGACCAUACGCUUGCUCUAUUCCUGGCUGUGGGAAGAGCUUCAUCCAACGGAGUGCUCUGACUGUUCAUAUUCGGACACACACAGGAGAGAAGCCUCAUCAAUGCCAGCACAUCGGUUGUGGAAAGCGUUUCUCGGAUUCAUCAAGUCUGGCUCGUCAUAGGCGGAUUCAUACUGGAAAGCGUCCAUAUAAAUGCGCUCACGAUGGAUGCUCUAAGAGCUUUUGCCGUAAAACAACCAUGGUCAAGCACCAGCGGAGAUCCCACCAGCAAGGAAUGAACCCCAACGACAUCGACGAUUGCUCCUCAGAUUCUGACGAUGACGAGUCUCCCUCCACUCCUCAGCACUCCUCGAUGACUUGGUCACCUCAUGAGAUGGUUUCCAUGAACCAGGGUGCCCCUGGUGGGCCCUUACAUCGUGCCUCCUCUUACGCUGAUUUUGAAUCACAAGUCCAUGACCACCACAUGCCACAGCAUUACGGCAACCGGCAAGGAAUUCCUGCCAAUGUUCCUCAUGAGUACCACGGCACUCCAGUUCCCGAACAACACGCACACGUUCAGCUCGUCCAUCGAGCAGCAACCAUGCCGAGACAGGCUUACUAUGUCACUGAAGCUGGGAAUCCAGGUGUUGCUACCAUGACAAGCACUGUACCGCCUCAUUACCAGCUAUCGCAGCAAGUGGAACGACCUCCUAUGGAGCUUCCAUAUUCAGCACCCGGAAUUGCGACGUCGAUUCAAAGCAGUCCAAGCACCUUUUCUGCUACAUCGGUCCCCAGCCCUAUGAUUCCCGAGGGCUUUUACGCGCACCAGCCUGGAAGCCAGCCAGCAUACACAACAGCCGAAUCUCAGCCAGCAAUGAUUCAAUACCAGCAACCCAUUCAACACCAUAUGGCUCAGCCACAACAGCCAGUGGUAUCCCAAGCGCAGCAUAUUCCCCCAACCGCCGGACACUACGCUCCACCGUCAGCCCACCCACAGCAAGAGCAGUGGCCACACUAUGACCCGCCGAUCGAAGUUACAACAAUCGGACAGUUGCCUGCAUAUGGAACUGCAGUUUAUGAUAUUUACGGACCAAAGAUUGAGUUUGAGGAUCCUUCAUUGCAACUACCCAGCAGCAGACUGGCGAGUAUGUGAUGGAUGACUGCUUGCCUAUGUUUUACGAACGCCAUAUUCAACACAUUAAGCAAUUACCCCUUUCGAUUUACGAUAAUCACUUGUAACAUCACGAUCAUACCAAGGCUGGACCACACAACGAUCUCUGUUUCAUGAACUUAAUUAUUAUUCUUGAAGAGGAUAUACCCAUCGGGACAUUAUUGGAGGAAACGUACUGUUCUAUUGCAUCCACGAGCAUAUCUCUAGAACGCAUGGAAGCUGUCAUCCGCGAUUUGAAAAGCAUGUCAUUUGGCGUUUCUGUUUUGCUUCUUACCAUUAGUGGAAUUUUGAAAGCAAUUUGCCUUUUGCAGCCAAUGUUCCAGCUUAACAUUUCUGAUAUUGGAUGGUUGGCAUUACAGCACACUGUGCCAUUCAUCCUUGAUAGCCUGGAUCAUUAAUGGCACUAUGCUUUUUUUCUAAACUUUCUCUACUCUUGUUGGCAUUCACUUUCUUUUUUAUUCAGCAUUGAACAGCACCUAUACCCUUUGAGAGAAAUGUGUCGAUAUUGGAUUAGACAGAUAAUUAGUCAGGGGGGAGGGGGGGCCACUGGGGAUAACAUUUUGAGAAGGCAGAACAGGGCUUCAUGAAGAUUCAAGAGGGCAAGAAAGGUUUAUUGGGACUUUUGGGGGGCGAUAGGGGCGAUAGGAGAAAAUGAGAAUACCCACGCAUGACAGAAAUGGAGAAAGUAAACGAAGCUCCUUAUUUACAUCUAAUAUACCCACAUAGAUAUCCUUCCAUGAGAUCUAAGAAACUUAGAAACUACCCUUUACCUGGUGAGAAAGCAUUACCUGAGAUAUUGGAUGAAGGAUAUAGAGUAGC